AUGAUCCACGACAUUGCAAAAGUUGGGUUUGCAUCUGGGACCAAUGACCACUACGACAAAGCUCGUCCAUCAUAUCCGGAAGAAGCACUUUCAGCUCUUUACAGCAGCAUUCCCAAGACGGAAGGGUCUCUGAAGGUCGCUGAACUGGGCUCUGGUACAGGUCUAUUCACUCGCGCCUUGCUUAACCAUCCGACUUUUGGACAAGCGGUGGGGGAGCUCCGCGCGAUUGAGCCGUCAGAGGGAAUGAGGGAAACAUUCAACAAGCGAACCAGUGAUUCGAGAGUUACCUGCCUACCUGGAGAUUUUCUCAAAACAGGUGUAGAAGAUGGAUGGGCUGAUCUAGUUGUAAUCGCACAGGCAUUCCACUGGUGUCCUGACUAUGAUAAAGCUGCGGCCGAGUUUGCGCGCAUUUUGAAGCCAAAGGGUAUAGUGGCAUUCAUCUGGAACUUGGAAGACCGUGAGAGGUCAUCCUGGGUUGCCAAGAUUCGAGACCUUAUUGAGCCCUACGAACAAGGAUCUCCACAGUUUCGUUUGGGGCUGUGGAAGGCCGUAUUCGAUACACCCUCUUACAAGGCUAACUUUCAAUCCCCUGAAACCAAGAUCUGGGACUAUGUGGUUCCCACUACCGCACAGGGAGUUCAUGAUCGUGCAUUUAGCAAGUCCUACAUAGCUGUGCUUCAGACGCCCGAGGCGGAUAAAGUGCACCAGGAGAUCGAUAGGAUUUUGGAAACAUCUGAAAAGGAUUGGAUAGACGAGAAGGAGGGUGUAUUCAAGUACAACUACGAGACCUUUUUGGUGAUUAUGCGUAGGAACUGA